AUGGAAACGCCAGGACACACUGGAAGCUCUAAAAGUUAUUCGAAUCGCAAUAUAAAGCGGUUUGUGACGUUUCCAAAAGGCAAGGGUAGCCGAGUACCAGCUGCGUUCGUUGGCUUGACCGCAUCGCGCAAUGCGUUAAACACGAUAAAACCCGCACCCAGGAUAUUGGAUAAAACGCGUCGUACUAUCAAUUUGAAUGCAUUAAAUGCGGCAAAGGCGUCGUCAAAUGCCGCUCUGGCCGCUGCGUUGCAGUACGCCAAUAACGCUCAAUCCACAGGCCGCCAAAAUACGGACCAAGCGACACAUUGCGGAAUAUUCAACCGUACUAACUUGCACGAUGCCGCAAAAGAGGAAGUGGAAUACCAACUGUUGAAGUAUGAGGGGUUGGAUCCACAGCUGAUGUCAUCAGUAAUGGAGAUCCGCGAGUUGCUGAUGUCAGAUGCAUCGGCGUUCGACCUCACCGCUCCAAAUACAAUUCAACCGAAGGAUGAAAAUGGCAAGCAAUACAUGAUAGGCCCGGCGCACAUUUCAUUUCUGUUGCAUCGCAUCAAAGCCCUUACUGGCCGGGAGACCUGGAGCAAGGAGGAACUGAUACAGAGCGUGUUGUCGUUUUUGGAAACGGGCAACAUUGAAGCUGCCAUCAAUACUGGAGCAUCAUGGAGCUACAAAGCUUCGGAUAGAACACUGAUAUCCGAUAAGUCGCUAGAUGAUGACCUCCAGAGCCUGCUCAGUUCGAUCCAGUCGAGGGCGUCAGCAGCCUCGCAUCAGCCACCUGUUUCUGCAGCGAGUACUGAUUCAUCUGUAUCAAAGGCUGAACAAAGCGCAGCUGAUAAUGAUACGAGCACAGUAAGCCGUGUUAGUUCCGCAGGGGUUGAUAUUUCGGACCAAGUGCUCCAGAUGGACUAUUCGAAGGCCCCAGAGCGCUCCGGCAGCAACCGUAACGAGGCUAAUGGUGACAAGGUUACCGUGCGACGGCUUACUGCUAAUGCCAUUGCUUCGUACUUAAAAAUAGAUGAAAAUAAGAUUAUUUCCCUUGCGGAGGAGCUGGAUUGCGACCCCGACCAUUUGAGCGUUGAUGAGGCCAGCUUCAUCGUUGAAGAGCUUGGCAUCCCGUUUAGGGUUGAUUUCACUGAAUCGCGCGAUGGAGUCACCAUCUCUCGCGUUAGCAAGAUGGAGUUCAAGCGUUCCCUGGUGGUAACCAUUAUGGGCCACGUUGACCACGGCAAGACCACACUGCUGGACACUCUGCAGAGGUCGAAUAUCGCCGCUGGAGAAUCUGGGCGUAUAACACAAAAACUCGGAGCGUUCAAAAUCGAGUUGGAUCGUGGCAAGUUGGUCUUCGUGGACACUCCUGGCCACGCCGCGUUCGGACGUAUGCGUGACCGUGGCGUGCGCUGCGCCGAUGUGGUAAUCUUGGUGGUGGCUGCAGACGAUGGCGUAAUGCCGCAGACACGCGAGGCCAUUGAACUUAUACAGCGCAACAACCUCCCGUACGUGGUUGCAGUUAACAAGGUUGACAUUGAUGCUGGCUUGCACGUGCGCGGCAUGCUAGAAGAUUGCGGGCUUGAUCUCUCCGAUGUCCCGGUGGUGUACAUUUCUGCCAAAUCCGGCAAGAAUGUAGAUGAGCUCACUGCCGCUCUAUUCGAUAUGGGAGAACGUUUGAAUUUGACAGUUGACGCAUCCAUGCCCGGCACUGCCUACGUUUUCGAAACAGAACGCCACCCGACCUGGGGAGAUUGCCUGCGAACUAUAGUCAGGACUGGAGUGCUGCGCGAGGGCGACUGGUUGGUGUGCGGCGAAUCCUGUGGAAAAGUCAAGAGGAUGUUCGACGCCAACGGCCGCCAUAUCAAGCAGGCAAUGCCCUCCGAUAUAGUUCAGGUAAGCUGGCCGUAUAGCGCCCCGUGCGCAGGAUUGUUCGUACAGCAGCGUGAGUCCCAGGCAAAGGCUCAGAAGCUCGCCGCAUUGGCGAAGCGCAGGUCAGCAAAUGCGAGUCACCGCCUUGCAACGGUGUCGUCGGUUACCGGGCCAAACCCCGCUACUGCUGCCGUGGGCACCGCUGAAUAUCGAUCGAUGAAGGGCGACAGGGUAGAUAUAAAACCCAUCCCGGAGCUCUGCGUAGUGCUGCGUUGCGGCGAUCAGGGCGGCCUGGAUGCCGUGCUCGAAUGGAUCGCCGACUUCAAUGAGCGCAAACGCGCCGACUGCGACAUUGGCUACCUGAAAGAUCGAGGUUACAUUGAAAAGCACACGACCGAUGCAACACCGUUACUGCCUUCGUGGAACCCAAUUCGUGUCGUAUCUGGCAACGUGGGGGCUUUUAACCGGAGUGACUCGCAGUUCGUCGAGGCGGGCAACGUGGCGUUUUUGGGGUUCUCCACCCCGCCGCCUAAGGGGAUACCGGUACCCGAUCUCAUGCGCACACACAACGUGGUGUAUGAGCUGUUCAACGAUAUUGAGCGGAUGUUCGACUUCUAUUUUGGCCCAACUUACGUGUUGAAGCAGGAGGCCAACAUGAACGUGACGCAAGUAGGCACCAUUAACUUGAAGGGCAUCGGCAAACGUCAGGCUAUUGGCACUAGUGUGUUGUCCGGUACGGUACGUCUGGGCAACUUGUGCAUGUUGAUGCGUGAGGGCAAGGUUCUUGCACGUGACCUUGCGGUUGUUUCAAUGCAAUCAUCACGUAAAAACGCCACAGAGCUGUUGAAGGGGGACAACAACAACUGCCUCGUCUUCCGGGAUUGCGAUAUAGAGGCGAAGCUGGGAGAUGAAAUUGUGUCUUACACCAAGGACCCUCUGCCUCCACUCUUCGGCGUGGUGUCCGACAGCAUUUUAGAGUGA